AUGGCCACGCAGAGAGUCUUCAACAUUGGAGCGCCGCUGCUCACUAGGCAACCCUGGAGCUCGCAGGCGCCAUUCAGAUGCUACCAGCGAAGAUGGGCGCAAGUGCACGACGUGCGGUUCGUUACCUCCCACCAGCGGCCCAAUGUCAUACAGGAGAAAUACCGGGAGAAGCUAGAACAGAAGGCGCGUGAGCAAGGCUUGAGCAACGUUGAUGAGCUCAAGGAAGUAUACUCCGACAAGAUCAAAGAACUGCGGACCAAGGCAACAGUGCCCGGAGCGAAUGCACCUUUGAGCGCACAAUCUCCGCCCCUGCCGGAGAGUGUAGACAGCAGCGUGCCGUACCAACCGCCUCCACCUCCUCGGCCACAGGAUCAGACACAAACAAAGGAGUACACGAAAGCCAGCAAAGACAAUGUAAAGUCGUUGAGCAGCUUCAUUGACGUGGAGAAGACCGCCGAGCUGCCCCCUAAGGAGAUCGAGUCAAUUUGGCGCCUACGACAUGUCCGGGAUGCCCAGAGUCUUUGCGCUGUGAUGCCGACCGACACCUACAAACGUAUAGCAACCACGGCACGUAGGCACCCGCAGUUCAUACUUCCCAUACCGCGGGAAAAGGAAGGCGCAGAGAUUCACUUCCUGCAGUGGACGUUCCCGUCACCCACUACCGCCACUGUACUCUUCACGCAUCUUGCAGAGUUUAAGCUGCGAGGCGAGUAUGCGCAGCCGCAUACUACCGUUACGCAUCAUCUGGACUUGGCGGAUCAGAAAGGGCUUGUCUUGCUCGAAGGCCGGGUGCAGGAGAACAGGGGCCUGACGGUGGACGAGGGCAAGUGGCUGCUGAUGUGCUUGCAGAAGUUCUAUGGUUUCGAAGCACACAGUGACACGGCCAAGCAAAACGCCGAAAAGAGGAAGAAGUUAAUGGAGCAGUUUAGUGGUGGCGAUACCGGGUUCAGGGUCGAAGAGUUGCUGGAAGAGGCGGAGAAGGUACCGUAA